AUGUCACGAUGGAGUCCAGAGCAAGCGCAAAAGGAAUCUUCCAUUGAUAUCGAAGAGUCAUCGAGUCAAGGUGGAGAUGAACCACCCGAUUUGAAUCAGAUGCUGGUCGAGAUUCAACGCAAGGUAAUAGCAAGAUAUCAAAAAUUACAACGUACAGCUUUGACUGAAGCUGAGAAGGAAACCAAGAGUAUCAAGGCGGAAUAUCAACUCGUGAAAAAUAUAAGACAUAAACAAGAAUUAAACGAUAUUCAUACUCGGUUAUCUCAAGAGAUCAACCAACGCGAGACCACCUCGCUCGGAUUGUACGAGAAAUUGUCAAAACUCGAAGAAGAGGUUCAAAAGGUGGUCAGAGGUGAGAUUGAAAGUUGGAAAGAAUCGAAUGAAGAGUGUAUGAAAGUUUUCGAGGGCUGUGAGAAGGUUAUGCAGAAGCGUGUGAAAGGUUAG